CACGAUCUAGCUUUCUCAUCUCCGCUCGCUUUUGUUUCCCGCCAAAAAAAAUGAAACCCCUCGCUUUUCAAACGCCGAAGCCUCCUUCAAACCGCAGCAGAUCCAAGGAAACGCCCCAAUCCAAGCGAUCGGAGAUCGGAUCCAGCGAUCCAAAGAUCUUAUCAAAGAGCUUCAGCUUCACUCUCUCAGAAUCCUCGGACAAAGACGCCUCAAAUUCGAGCUCGACGAAAGAAAAGCAGCAGAAACAGAUCGUGCCUAAGAGCUUGGACCUGGAGUUCGCCGCGGUGUCUGAAGAUCUGCUCGCGUCUGAAUCGGAUGAGACUCUUCUCUCCACAGAUCUGGAAAGUCUCGUUGUAGAUCGAGUGCUGAGUAGCUCGAUCGCGCCUCAGUCGGGAAUUUCGUCGGAGAUCAUACAAGGAGGAGGCGGAUCCGGCAAGAUCUUUGCGUCAGUGGAGAGUAAGGAGGCUCUGAUGGUGACUGAUCUGCUGAAAGAGUCGAUCAUUGAGUUCAGAAGCUCGAUCAAGCUUCUUGAUACUCUGAGAGAGGGUUUUGGCGAUGAGAAGGCAAAGACUGGUCGAUGGAGUGAUAAGAUAUUGUUGACCAAGCUGCAGGCAGGAUUUUCUUCGCUUCUUAUUCUGACUGCAGCCGCAUCUUGUUUUGUGCUCAGUUUGAGGACUUUGGGUGGCGAUGAGGAGUGGAGUUUCACCGGCUUGCAUCCGACUUGAGGUUACAAGCUCUUGUUCCUCGUGAGAAAACGGUGGUUUUUGAACUUUAGGUUUGGUUGAAAAUUGGGUAGGAUUUGGAUCUUAGGUAUAGCUAUUGAGUUUGUGAAUGAGUUCAAUAAAGUUCUCGUAAACAUUUUGAGCUGUUAGAACUUGCAACAAACUCCUUUUAAUAGGUAAGCAGUGUCUUGUUCUGAAGCAUUAUCUCACUUGUACAAAAAAUAGUUAUAAAUGAAAACGCAUGGAAUUUGUACUGUUACUGACUGAGCUCAAAUACAACAGAAAUAUUAUCCUUUA